GUUGAUAAUUUGAUUAAUCGUUAUUAUUCAAAUAUUAUAUAUUUUUCAAAUCUGUAAAACUUGUUCAAUAGCAGAUGGCAUACUAAGUUGUCACCUGAAUGGGAAGAUACUUUCUUACUUACCAUGUCAGGGAUUGUCAUGAGUAGCCGUAGCCAAGAUGGUGGAGUAAAGGCUAUUCAUCGAAGGAGCAGUUUGGCAGCAUCUUUGCAUUCCAAUUUGCUCGGUCUCGGAUCUACCAACGAAUCUCCGUCAUUUCACGUUGUUGGUUCAGCACGGCGAAGAUUCAGCAAUGUCAGUGACGUGGUAUCUAGAAAGUUAUCACACACCAUUGGCUGGAGAUCAGUAUCUGCAUCUGUGAAAAUUACAGUGUCUCAGGGAACUUCAUUGUGUGGCCAAUACAUUCGAAAUAGAUUGAAGCGUUCAGGAAUAUUUCACCGAAAACUGGGAUUAAAAAGAAUGAGAAGCGAAAUAAUACUUCCGGGUGGCACAGUAGUUGGCGAAGUUUAUCCAGAGCUCACAAGCAUUGGUGCAGAGUUAGAGAAAAUGCAUCCUCAUCUUUUCACAAAAAUCGGACGGCAAGUGGGAUGUAGUACCUUCACUUCGGAGCAAGCUGCCAGUGAUGUGUUGACCGAUGUAUCAAGGGAAAUGUUGAGAAACGGGGAAAUGACCUGGAGCAAGAUAAUUGCUUUGUAUGCUGUUGCUGGUGGAAUAGCAGUGGACUGUGUUCGUCAAGGAAAACCAGAAUAUCUCCCAGCUAUCCAACAUGGGAUGACAGAAGUUCUCGAGGAUGAUUUGGCUGCGUGGAUUCAAGCUAACGGAGGAUGGGUAAAUAGUUGAUAUCAAGGAUCUGCUUGUCGAGCGAUGCUCAGUAAAUUUUAUGUUAAUUAACCAGGGCAACUGGUAUACGAUGAUUUUCAAAAAUACCAUAUAUACAGUGAACUAAAUGUAAU